AUAGGUACACAACCUCAAUCAUAAUAUUUAUGUCUAUGAAAUUUGGUUGUAGGUUUUUUUGAAAAAUUAAAUUUUAUUGAGAGUAAUUCGAAAAGAAAACUAACAUAUAAUGGAGAAUUCAAUGAAUGACGAAGAAUUAGAAAUCCGUGACUUGAAAACUCUAGACAAUUAUUUGCAAAAUUGGGAUAAUUCUGAAAACAAUUCAUAUAUUUCUAAAAUACCUGAAGCUUGCAAAGAAUAUCCUUGCUGCUUAGGAAUUGACGAAGCUGGAAGGGGUCCUGUUUUAGGACCUAUGGUUUAUGGAAUUGCAUUUUGUCCUAUAAAUGAAGCUGCAUUACUUGCUUCUCUCAACUGUGAUGAUUCCAAGGUCCUCAAAGAACAGCAACGUGAUGAAAUAUUCGAAGAAAUUUGUAAAAACUCACAAAAAAUUGGAUGGGCAAUAGAGUUGUUAUCUCCUAAUAAAAUCUGUAAUAAUAUGUUGAACAGAACUAAACAUUCGUUAAAUCAAGUCUCUAUGGACUCGGCUAUCGGAUUAAUCAGAACUGCAAAAAAAAGUGGUGUCAAUAUUGAACAUAUAUUUGUUGAUACUGUGGGUCCUCCAGAAAAAUACCAAGCUUAUUUAAAAAGUCUGUUCCCUGAAUAUAAAAUCACCGUUGCCAAAAAAGCAGAUUCUACCUAUCCAAUUGUAUCUGCAGCUAGUAUAUGUGCUAAGGUAACCAGAGAUCAUGCUCUUCUCACAUGGACAUUUAAGGAAGGACAUGAAAUUACUUAUAAAGAAUUCGGAAGUGGUUAUCCUGCCGACCCUGUUACAAAAAAAUUCUUAGCUGACAAUUACGAUAUGGUAUUUGGAUACCCACAAUUAGUACGAUUCAGUUGGUCUACUGUGCCCAAAAUUUUAAAGGAACAAGCUUACCAUGUAGAAAUUGAAGAAUCAAGUGAUGAUGAACAAGUUAAUAAGCCCCCUGCUAACAAUUCCACAAUAACAUCAUUUUUCAAAGUAUCACAAUCAGAUGCUUCCAAACCAAAAAAAAACAUUUCAGAUUUUUUUACUCAAAGGUGUUUGACUAGAGAAGUAAGUCUGUGACGUUAUUUUUUGUAUAUCUUCUGAAUUUUAUUCUAUUUUGAACAAAUUAGAAGUAUUGAUGGAACAAAAAAAAUGGUGAAUUUAUAAUAAAUCUAUCUGGAAAAUAACAAACAAAUGCUUCUAGGAGAAUUGUAAAGUUUUUAAGUGUAUCAUAUAGGAUAAAUAAAAUUAUACAAGUUU